AACUAAUCGAACCAGAGUUUUCUGGUGUUGAUGUCUAGCACAGCUAUCCCGUCCUUUUGCUAACACCUCAGGACCAGAUUUCAGGCCCAACAUGUUUUUGUCGGCUGCUGUUCGCUCUGCUGUGUCGCAGACGGCCAGGCAUGUCAGGGGUCUGCAUCGAUCUGCUGCACGCUCUGGAGCUGGAGGCGUCUUCGUGCACAGAGAUACUCCAGACAACAACCCAGACACGCCGUUCAAGUUCACGGCAGAAAACGAAAAGCGGAUCCAGGUGAUCUUGUCGAUGUACCCUGAAGGACACAAGCAAGCAGCAACUAUCCCCAUCUUGGAUUUGGCCCAGAGACAACACGGAUGGCUCCCCCUCUCUGCCAUGAACAAGGUUGCUGAGGUACUGGGGGUCGCUCCUAUGAGGGUGUAUGAAGUGGCGACAUUUUAUACCAUGUUUCAGCGUCAGCCUGUGGGAAAAUACUUCAUCCAGGUGUGCACGACAACGCCGUGCAUGCUCUGCAACUCCGACAGCAUUCUGGAGGCCAUCCAGAACAAACUGGGUAUUAAGGUUGGAGAAAGCACUGCAGACAAGAUGUUCACUCUAAUAGAAGUGGAAUGCCUGGGCGCCUGUGUGAACGCUCCGAUGGUCCAGAUCAACGACAACUAUUAUGAGGACCUCACACCUAAAGACAUCGAGGAUAUUAUUGAUGAACUGAAGGCAGGAAGAGUCCCACCACCUGGACCGAGGAAUGGGCGUUUCUCAUGCGAGCCUUCAGGAGGACUGACCUCUCUGACUGGACCUCCAACAGGACCAGGAUUUGGUGUCAGACCGGACCUGUAGACAUAUUUGGGCCACUCGAUCUGAAUUCUGAAGAUUUCAACCCAAAUUCUAUGACAUUGUGUAAAUAAAAUGUUCAUGUA